CCGGGCGGCACCGGGCUCGGCUCCUCGCCCCGCUCGGGGGCAGCGCCGGGGCUCGGCUCCUGCUCCCGCCGGCGGGGCUGCCCCUUGCCGAGCUCCCCCGGGUGCGGGGCUCCCCACUUUCGGAGCUCCCCGGUUGCAGGACUGCGCAGUUUGGAGCUUCCCGGUUGCAGCGGUGCUCGGUUUGGAGCUCCCCGGUUGCAGGACUGCCCGGUUCGGAGCUCCCCGGUUGCAGGACUGCCCGGUUCGGAGCUCCCCGGUUGCAGGACUGCCCGGUUCGGAGCUCCCCGGUUGUAGGACUGCCCGGUUCGGAGCUCCCCGGUUGCAGGACUGCGCAGUUUGGAGCUCCCCGGUUGCAGCGCUGCUCGGUUUGGAGCUCCCCGGUUGCACGACUGCUCGCUUAGGAGCUCCCCGGUUGCAGGACUGCCCGGUUCGGAGCUCCCCGGUUGCAGGACUGCGCAGUUUGGAGCUUCCCGGUUGCACAACUGCUCGUUUUGGAGCUCCCCGGUUGCACAACUGCCCGUUUUGGAGCUCCCCGGUUGCAGGACUGCCCGGUUUCGGAGCUCCCCGGUGUGGAGCUCCCCGGUUGCGGGUGUCCCCCGUUUCGGAGGUCCCCGGUUUCGGGGCGCAGCGCUGGCAGCGGGGAGCGGCGAGCCCCGGGGAGGCACCGAGGAUGAAACUGCUGUGGAGAGCUAAAAUGAGCACACUUCAGGAUGGGGGCGAAGAGGUAGAAGAAGGGGCCGUCUACCACGUCACCCUGAGAAGAGUGCAGAUCCAGCAAGCUGCCAACAAAGGGGCGAGAUGGCUAGGGGUGGAGGAGGACGAGUUACCUCCAGAACAUACCGUUAGCCAGUAUGAAACCUGCAAGAUCAGGACUAUAAAAGCUGGGACUUUAGAGAAGCUUGUGGAGAACCUUCUGACGUCUUUUGGGGACAAUGAUUUUACCUACAUCAGUAUCUUUCUGUCGACAUACAAGACAUUUUCUUCCACUAACGAAGUAUUGGAGCUUCUCCUUAACAGGUAUGGAAAUCUAGCGACAUCAAGCUGUGAAGAAGAUGGAAGCCAGAUUUCCUCUGAAUCCAGCGCAGUACUUCAGACUGCAAUAGCAUCAAUCUUACGAGCCUGGCUCGACCAGUGCUCCGAGGAUUUCAGAGAGCCACCCAACCACCCUUCUUUGAUGAAGUUGCUGGAUUACCUGAAGAGUAAUAUGCCCGGCUCUGACCCGGAGAAGAGGGCACAGAACCUCUUGGAGCGCUUCCAGAACCAGGAAGUGGAACACGAUGUUGCGUUCUAUAACGCUUCCCUCGGUAACCUCUGUGAUGAAGAGGAGUUAGACAUCAGCAAUCUGGAAGAAUUCUCUCUCUUUGAAGAAGACCUUGUGGCAGAGCAGUUGACGUACAUGGAUGCGAAACUCUUCAAGAAUGUUGUGCCCUACCACUGCUUGGGACGCAUCUGGUCUCAAAGGGAUAAGAAAGAAAACAAGCACCUGGCAUCUACCAUCAGAGCCACUAUCUCUCAGUUCAAUACCGUUACCAAAUGUGUGAUCAGCACUAUCCUGAAGGGCAAAGAGCUCAAAACGCAGCAAAGAGCCAAGAUCAUCGAGAAGUGGAUUUAUAUUGCACACGAAUGUAGGAUCCUGAAGAAUUUUUCCUCCUUGAAGGCCAUCAUCUCAGCACUGCAGUCCAGCCCCAUCUAUCGGCUGAAGAAGACCUGGGCGUGUGUUCCAAAGGACUUACUGGUGAUGUUCGAAGAGCUGUCUGAGAUCUUCUCAGACCAUGACAAUUAUCUGACAACCAGGGAGCUGCUAAUGAAGGAAGGAACAUCCAAAUUUGCGAAUCUGGACAGCAGUGUGAAAGAAAAUCAGAAAAGGACACAGAAGCGACUGCAAGUUCAAAAAGAUAUGGGGUUGAUGCAAGGCACCGUACCUUAUCUUGGUACCUUCCUCACCGAUCUCAUCAUGCUUGACACGGCUCUUCCAGACUAUGUCGAGGGUGGCCUGAUAAAUUUUGAGAAGAGGCGAAGGGAAUUUGAAGUAAUUGCCCAAAUCAAGCUCUUACAGUCUGCGUGUAACAACUACUGCAUGACACCAGACCGAAACUUCAUCCAGUGGUUCUGGAGACAGCAGCAUUUGUCUGAGGAUGAGAGCUACAGACGUGCAAGUGAGAUCGAAGCAGCCGCUGACGCUUGCGCCACCUCUCCAAGAUCUCGGAAAAGCGUGGUGAAGAGGUUCAGUCUGCUCAUUCUAGGCUCCGAGGUGGUCGCCAGUAGCACACCCAGCAAAGAACAACCCAAAUCUGCUCCAGGCGGGAGCUCUGGUGAAAGCACAGACUCAGCCAGCGUUUCGUCAUCUGAGUUCAAUCACUCCGAGUCUGAGGACAUUUGCUCCGCUCCCACCGGCACUCCCGAUGAGCCUCAGAAAAAGCUCUCUGAACCGUCCUCCUCCUCCUCCAUCACCCAUCCCACGGCCCCAUAUUCCUCGGGGGUGUCAUCUUUAAGCUCCUGCCCUUCCCCGCUGUCCUCCAAUGACAAGAGCAACAAGGACGACGAGGGCGGCAAAGGCGACGAGGGGAGCGAGGAGGGUGACGAUGGUGACAAGAAUGAUGAAAGCAAUGAGGGCGACAGCGGUGACAAGAACGACGAGGGUGACAGUGGCAACGAUGGUGAUAAGGGUGACAAUGUCGACGAGUGCGAUGGUGGUAACAAGAACGAUGAGGGCGACGGUGGCGACAUGAACGAUGAGGGUGACAAGGGCUCUGUUUCCCUGAUGCCCAUUUCCCCAAAAGCAGCGGCUCCUGUUUACAACCAGCAGAACGAAGACUCGUGUAUCAUCCGGAUCAGCGUAGAAAACAACAUCGGGAACCUGUACAAGAGCAUCCUGCUGACCAGCCAAGACAAAGCUCCCGCUGUCAUCCGGAGAGCGAUGGUGAAGCACAGCCUGGAGUCGGAGGCGCCUGAGGAUUACGAGCUUGUACAGGUCAUCGCCGAGGACAAAGAGCUCGUCAUCCCAGGGAACGCCAAUGUCUUCUACGCCAUGAACACCAAGGCAGCGUUCGAUUUUGUCCUUCGCAAAAAGACUCCGGGCGAUGCGCGAGUGAAAAUGAGGAGCCGGUGCAGCCUGACCCUCCCCAGCACAGGUGCCAGACGGCGCUACUGGGGCAACAGGACCAGUAAAAUCACGCUGUGAGGGAGACGGGAGUGAGGAGAGCCGCACUUUGCCACCAGCCAGUCCUCGGCAUCGCCGCGGGCGCCUGCCUCACUGCUCCACUGCGAAUGUCCUUGCAGCAGAGCUGCCGCUGCGAUGCAUCUCUCCACCCUGGCAGCCAGAUACGGACAGACGGACACACACGGACUUACAGACACUACGGACUGGAACUUUGUGACAGUAUUACAGAGAAGUUCUAAAUCUAUAUUUAUAAAACUGUGGGCAAAAAAGACUAUAAACCACCUUUAAAAGACUGGAGUGGACAUGAGAUGAAUGCCGUGUUUUGUUUAUGAACAAGGCAACCGCUACUUGGCUGGACAAGUAUAUCCAGACAAGUAGAGUUUGCCUUGCUCAUGGUUUUUUUCAGUGUUUCCCUUUGCCUUUGUUUUCCUUUUCCUCCCUUUAUUUCCCUUUUCCUCCCUUUAUUUCCCUUUUCUUCAACCCAUUAAACAGAAAUAGAUGCUUUUAUCGAGUACUCUGAAGCGACUGACGCACCUCUUUGUAACGUGCCGUCGCUCUGCAGGAGCAGAACUUGUAUCUCGCCAUUUUUAGCCAUGAAGGGCAACUACCUGAGCUGUUCUUUUUAAAGCGGGUACCGAGAGGAGACAGUUGGGUUUUAAGCACGACCCCAAACCACCAGAGAUGUUAUAUACUUGUAGCGUUAUUAUGCAUAAUCUACGGGCACCUCCCUCUUUACACAGACUGAUGAAAUGAAUUCAUAGAAUCACCAGGUUGGAAAAGACCUCUUGGAUCGUCGAGUCCAACCAUUCCUGACGGGGCACAUCCUUUCGGCCGGAAUCAAGAAGUUAAUCAUCUGUUCCCUGUGAAACUUUAAACCACAAUGUACUUCUGGAGUGUCUUCCCAGAACCCAGCGUUCCAUGAAAGGACCGUGAGAGGUUUUGCUUUAAAAAGCCAGAAAUGAGACACUGGAUUGGAAGCUGCCCUUAUGGAGGAUGUCUUGGAGACACAUUGGUAUUAGUUAAAACGAACGCAAAUACUGCCUUUGAUACACAGCUGGGCCUUUAUCCCCACCCGGUCUGUAGCACUAAUUUUCCAAACUGGGCUCAGAUAUCCUUGAUGAUCAGUGGUAAAGUCAUGGUGCAACCAGUUCUGGGUUGGACGGUGUUUUACACUACGUGACGAUUUAUCACUGCUGUUUACAAGGAGCACCAGAUGUGCCUGGAGCCAAUCUUUGGUGCAGCGGAGAUGCCAUGCUUGACCCCAGCCCCUUCCCUCUCCAGCCCCCAGCCCUAACCGAGGGAGGAGCGCCGGGUGAGACGGAAAAACACCUUCAUGGGAUCGUGACAGGUCCAAAGAGGAAGGGGUGGUAACCAGAGUGUGGGCUGGGGGAGAGAGAGGUCUCUCUCCUAGACACGGAGGUGGGCGUUGAACAGAACACAAAGCACAGGAGGGUGGAACAGGUAUGUGGUUGCGUUGUACAAGUACAACGUAACCAUAAUGAGCCUUUACAUGGAGAGACAACCAAACUGUUAGGUCAGAGGAGUGGUACUGAGCCGAAGGGACUCACCCCCCCAGCGCUGGCUCCUCCUGGCUGUUCUGCCAGACUCGGGAGCACGUGCACGUCACGGUAUCCACGGUGACAUCUGACACGAUGCUGGGUGCUCACCAGUUCACAGAAGUCUCGCUUCUGAAGGCCACUGUAGGCUUCUUACCAACAUCUCUAGGACUGCCGUGCUCACAAGUGCUUCAGCCGGGUCAGACGUGCCAGGUGUAAAGCGAGGCCUGAAGGGGAAGUGAGAGAGGUUAUCAGGGAGGAACGAUGCGGGCUGAGCGUGGUGGCCCGCAGCAGACCUCCUUGCCAUACUCACCAUGUCCCACAGGCUCUUGUUCCAGCCUGGACAGCAGAAGGAACACGGCUUCCAGUCAGUAAUCACAGACCGGGCACGUUUACGUGGCCUGUGACUCGCUGACAGUGACGCAGCCGAUAAACUCUUGAGCUGGGCUUUCCCAGCCAGUGCUCACAGAAUCACUGGGUUGGAAAGGACCCACUGGAUCAUCACAUGCUCCUCCCACCCACCAAGAAUACACACGGGUGCUCAUCUUGCACCAGGAUCUAUGUAUUAUCAGACCAGCUGACAGCCACUCGAGCGUACAGAGCUGCCUGCAGGCGAGUCCCUCGAUUCCGAGUCCAGGAGGGCAUCGUCCCACCGCAACAGCCGCCUGCAGGCCGGGGUCCGCGCCAGUGACCUGAGAGCACUGUGGUGCACCAUCACCGGGCCUCUGAGGAACAUCUAAAG